GCGCCGGCGGCCGUGGAGCUGACAGGAGCCCGCGGCUAUCGGCCUCGGCAGCGGCGCUGUGGCGAGCACGGCAGCGCCCGUCACCACGGCGCUGCCUGGCACAGAAACACAGACAGAGACGGACUGACAGACACACGCAGCGCGGAGCGGCGCGGGCUCGGGGGCCGCCUUUGCAGCUCCUCUCCUCCCUGCACCAUGCUCCGCUCUAGGCAGCGCCCGCCCGCUGCUCCCUGAGGGCAGCCAGCCCCGCGCCCAGCUAAGCGGGCGACUGGCACCCGGCUCUCUCCCCCCCGCCCCCAGUUACCUGAGUUAGCUCCGUCCCGGGGACUUUCGCAGCGCCUCCGCCCUCUCCCGCUGUGGCAGCCCUUGUGCGGCGGGGGAGUGAGCCGCCCGCAGCCGGAGGGACUGCAGCCGCCGCCGGGGGAGACGAGCUCAAGCCCCCGCCCCCGGAGCUCUUCAUGGCGUCUCACCAGCAGACAAGGAUCCAAGCCUACCUGGAGAAGAAUAAGAUCGGUCCCCUCUUCGAGGAGUUGAUGACCAAGCUGAUAACAGAGACACCUGACCAGCCAAUCCCAUUUCUAAUUGAUCAUCUUCAGUCCAAGCAGGGGAACCGCAGUCAGCUUCAGAGAACAUUGUCUGGCUCUGCUGCCCUGUGGGCAGAGAGUGAAACAUCAGAAAAUAAAGGAACAAGAAGAGAUUUUAGAAGUUAUGAUAAGCCUUGGCAGGUAAAUGCAAAAAAGCCUAAAAAGUCAAAGAGCGACCUUGCUGUGUCCAACAUUUCUCCACCAUCACCGGAGUCCAAGUCAUUGCCAAGGUCAAUAGAGCAUCCUAAAUGGGAUUGGAAGACAAAACCGGAGAACCAUGAUUUUGAUGAACUAAAUCAUAUUCUUCAAGAGAGCAAAAAGCUUGGAAAAGCCCUUGAGAAUCUGUCUCGCAGCAUUGCUAUUUCUGAUGAACUUGAUAAGGACACAGCAGGUUUCAACACCCCCCUUCUCAGACCUCGUGUGAUUGGAGAAUGGAUUGGCCGUGAAGAGAAUGAUGCAGAUCCUCUGGCUGCUGAGAUGUUGCAGCCACCAAUACCAAGAAAUAAAAAUGAGCAGUGGGACAGUGAGGAUAGCAGCAGUCCUGGAGGAAGCUUAAAAAUGGAGCCAAAGACCAAAGGAUUAAAACAUCAACAGCAGCAACAUAAGAAACUGCUGGCUGCCAUGCUUUCUCAGGACUCCUUUGAUUCUGCUCAAAGCACAGCUCCAUCUGUAACCGAAGAAGACAUUGACAAUGAAGAUGAUGCAAUGGAACUACUGGAGGAUCUUGAUGAUCUCAGAAUGGAAGGAGUAACAAGUGUGGUAUCUUCUGGGAGCAAAUUCAAUCAAACUCGAAGUGCUCAUACGGCUGAGCCUCAAGCAAAGGUCACAUUGAAUAUAUGUGCAAGAUGUGCCAGAUUGCAAGGGGAUAAUUUGGCAGAAAGGCCAGAAGAUGUCUCCAUGGUAUCUCAGACAUCUGAGCCAGCAGUGUCAGACUCUGAUGCUCAAGUACCUGGGGUUGAAACACUCACAGAAGAUAUUGAUGAAUUUCAGAGUGCCUCUCAAGUGGCAGCAUCUUCUCAGACAGUUUGGACCUUGGAUGCCAUGACUGUCAGACCUGGAGGUUCCCCAAGGCAGAAACUCCUAAAGGACUCCUUAGCAGCAAAAGAACUUCAGACCAUGGAAAAACACCUCGCUGACAUUGAGAAGGACCUCGCACUGUGGGAAGAAGCAAGGCUUUCAAGAAGCCCUGGUGUCCAGCAUCCCAGUGUAGUUACCUCUGACCAUCCAGGCACUCUUCAAGCUGCACAGGGCCAAACCCCCAGGCCUCAGGUGCCAACUCCGACGGGGAAGAACAUUCAGCUCCAAGGAAGCAAAUCACCGCCGCUGCCCACUAACAGCAGAACACAGGUCUCCAGUGUCACAAGCAGUAGACCUUCAACGCCUGCUGCACAAACCAACAGGCCAUCAACUCCAGGGAGCAGACCUAUGACCCCAAAUAGCUUGUUGUCACGGCCUCUUACCCCUAGCAACCAAGGAAAUAGGGAAGGCAUUAUUAGUAUUCAAAGAAGCAGAUCUUUGUCAUCUAAGAGCCAAAUGGGGAGGACCCUCAGUGCCGCUUCAGGGCUUUCUGUGCAAGUGAGUGGAGAUGUUGUUGGAACUGUCACUACUCAGAGAAACAGUUUAUCAGAAGAUGAAUUCUUACAACAGUUUCAACUUGCUCAUCAACCUUGGAUAUUGCCAAGUGACACAGAAAGUGAAGGAGUGGAAGCUGACCAAGACAAAUGUAAGUAUAUAUGUAAGGACCAGAUAAUACAUCAAAAACCGUCAACUUAACUUCUGUUUUCCAUAUAUUCAAAUACUGUGGAGAUGUCAUGCCUGCUCACAGGAGCUUUUCUCACAAGUACCAAUUACUUAUUUGUCUGAGGGCUAGACCUUACAGGAUUGAUUUGCAGAAGCUUUCCUGCAGUCACUGAGCAAUGACAAAAUGAUCACAGACCACACUUUACUUAAUCUAAGUGAAACAAUUUGUCCUGAUGUGUUAAAGUAGCUAUUCCAGAGAAAUAACCUGAACUUGAAAUAGGCAGUCUGUUUAAUAAAUCUGUAUUCACCAGCAAAAAAAAAACAAACCCUAAAAAACUUCAGAUCUGAAAAGUAGAGCCUCCCUUCUUAGGCCUGUCACUCUAUUGUCUCUGUUUUGCUUGCAUUCUUUUUAAUUCAUCUGUAUUAAUAAAAAAGUUCUUAAUCAUACAAGUAAUCCUUAAUAUCCUACACUCUUUGAAGUAUUUUUGUAAUCAUGGAAGUGAAGGUCAGCAGGAUCAGUGCCUAAAUGACAGAACAAGUAACUACAAGUAACAGGCUAUAAAUUGCAAUUCUUUCAAACUGUAGCAAGUUCCCCCUGCCUACAACGUACCUGUAAAUGAUCUUACUGUUUCACAUUUUCUUUAAUUCACAGUAAUUUUGUGAUCUGCAAGGGUGAAUAUGCAAACUGUUUCCUAACAGAUUUUAGGUGAUACACUUGAAAAGAACAGAUUAUUUUAUCAGCAUGUUUAGAAAAUUCAAUACUGGUUUAAACAUGAAGAGUUAACAUAUGAAAAACACAUUUUCUUUACAGAAGGGAACAAUUCUAUAAGGGAUUAAGGAUUCAUAAUAAACAUUCCAGAUAAACAGAAUGUAUUUUUACAUUAUGCUAGUUAAAAGAAUUGUUUUCUACUCAUACAUCAGUUUCACAAAUUCAUACAUAGCCCAGAGUUUGACUGAAAUUUAAAUUUAUGCAGUGAGGUUCUGAAGAGCAUGUGCCAGGUCUUUUUGAGCACUAGUAAAAUGUUAAAAUGAGAUUGUGUGCAUCCAGCUGAUUUUAGUCCAAAGCCAGUAAUAUGACUUCCACCAGAGCCUUUCAGUUAUCUUUGGACUGAAGCUCCCCUUAGGAGGCUCAAGAGAUACCCUGUCACCUGCCUUUUAUGUGCAUGCAAUUUUUCCUCUGUAUUUUCUGUAAUGAAUUUACAGUCCUACAAACAUUGGUUGGAUUGUCUGUGCACACACAGGCUGAUGCCAAUUAUGUGACCAGGGAGACUGAUGCUCCGGGACAUAUCAGGUACACAGCAUGGUUUCUUAUAGCUGCUGUACUUGAAUUGUGUGGGUGUGAGGACUUGUGAGCACCUAAAAUCCUGUACUAUAGUAUUCCAAGAAUCCUGAUAGGUCACUGUCACUGCCCAAAAAACAAAGUGUUAAGUUAAAAAAGUAUGUUGUUAAGGUCAAUGUCCAAAUCCCUCUUGAACAGUGACAGACUUGAGGUAGUGACCAUCUCCCUCAGAUGCCUGUUCCAGUCUUUCAUCCUCUCAGUAAAGGAAUGCUCCCUAAUGUCUAGUCUGAAUCUCCCCUGGCACAGCUUUGAGCCAUUGCCAUAUGUUCUGUCACUGAAUACCAGGGAGAAGAUAUCAGUGCCUCUCUCUCCACAUGCCCUCCUCUGGAAGCUGUGGACAGCAAGGUUGCUCCUCAGCUUCAUUUUCUGCAAACUAGAUAAGCCCAAAGUCCUUAGCUGCCCCUCACAGGUCAUUCCUUCCAGCCCUCUCACCAGCUUUGUUGCCCUUAUCUGGACACAUUCAAGGACCUUCACAUCCUUUUUAAAUUAUGGUGCCCAGAAGUGCACACAGUGCUCCAGGUGAGGCUGCACCAAUGCUGAAUACAGUGGGAUAAUCACCUUCUUGAGGAGCUGGUGGUGCUGCGUUUGAUGUACCCCAGCAUGGGGUUUGCCCUGUUGGCUUCCAGGACACGCUGCUGACUCUUGCUGUGCCUGCUGCCAGCCAGCACCCCCAGAUCCCUUUCUGCAGAGAGGCUCUCCAGCCACUCCUCUCCCAGUUUAUACUUGUGCCUGAUAUUAGUCCAUCCCAGCUGCAGAAUCUGGUAUUUUAACUUGUUAAACUUCAUGCCAUUAAUCACUGUCCAGCAUUCUGGUCUGCGUAGAUCCCUCUGCAAGGCCUCUUGUCCCUCCAGAGAGUCAGCAGCACCUCCCAGUUUGGGAUCAUCAGCAAAUGUGCUGAUGGUGGAUUCAACUCCUGCCUGCAGGUUAUUGGUAAAUGUGUUGAACAGAACUGGCCCUAGAAGUGACCCCUGGGGAACACCACUGGUGACCAGUUGCCAGCCACAUGUAGCCCCAUUCACUGGAACCCUUUGAGCUCUGCCCUUCAGCCAGUUCUUCACCCAGCACAGCCUGCAGCCACUCAUCCCCCACAGCUGGACAAGUUGUCCUGAAGGAUGCUAUGAGGGACAGUAUCAAAAGCCUUGCUAAAAUCCUGAAAAAACACAUCCAUCACCUUUUCUUCAUCCACUGGGUGGGUGCCCUUACCAUAGAAGGCUAUCAAAGUAGUUAAACAGGACUUUCCCUUUGUGAACCCAUGUUGACUGCAGUGUAGUUAGCUGGUGCACCCUCUAUAAUAGAUCACUGUUUCUACUCAUAUAACUAAAGUGAUGGAACAAAAAAUGUUUUAUUCAAGUAGUACUUCCUGUAAUUGAAAUCUAAGAGUGAAAAAUUUUAUUAAAAAUGACUAAUGGUGGUAACAUUCCUGUCUCAGUUUUUAUGCUAGUGACAUUGUCAAGAAAGUGCACAACUGCCACUGCUGACAAAGAGAAGCUGCCAAUUCCUGGUUGUAAAGUGGAGUCAGCAAGGGGCUUUGGCACACUUGCUAAUGCCAGUGAUUGUAGGUAGAGCAGCUGGCAAGAUUACACAUCAUUUUUCACGCCAAAGUAAUAAAUCUGUGUGGAUAUUUUGUGUGUGAUUUAGUGUUGAGAAGGCCCAGGAGUUCAUAAUUUGUGAGUUUGAGCAGAAGAGCUGCAAAAUUAAUCUUUACAAUAGCAACACCUGUUCUUUAACUCAGCUUUUAAUAAAUUACAUGUGGAUAAUGUUUACCACAUUCUUUGACUACUUUGAGAUAAUAGCAGCCAGGUGUAAAGCUAGUUUUUGGUAGUGGGAAAACAAUGCAAAAAGAGAAACUGUGUGAGUCACCUUGAAUUCUUUAAAAUUAAUACCUUCUGGUUAGAGUUUUACAAGAAAAAGAAUGAAAAAGUAAGGGGGGAGCAGUUUCAAAUGUAUUCAGAUGUAAGAGUUUAGAGAGGCUAUUUUCAAAGGAAGUGAUAACAGAACUGGCUCACUUCGGAAUCUCAACAUCUCUCGACAAACAUCAUUUGCAAAACAGCGCGUAUCUUGUCUUAUGGAAAUGAGAUCUUGGUUCUCAGAUCUUGUAAAUCAGACUUUACAUUUUAAAUUCUCCAGGCUCUCUGACAGCAUUUAAAAAAUUUAUCCUUAGCAGCAAGUUUCAAUGAUAACUGGAAGUCAAUAAUUUUUAAACCUUCCUACUAAUUAUAACAACAUUUUAAAUCAAAUAGUUACUCAUAUAAAAGGGUAUAAAUUAUUCUAGCUUAAAUGAUUUGUUAUGUUAAAGAAGGAAAGAAAAAUAUUUUUAAGAAGCUUUUUGUUGAUUUUUUUAGCAUACCCUUUCCUUUUCUUCUUUGUGCACUUAAUCAAAUUUGUGGCCAUAGCUCAGAGAAAGAGAUAGUAUAUAAUUAUUUGCUCUUGUAAUGUACAUUUUGUUAUUAAAAAUAGGAAUUAACACAGGCAUUUUAAGAGCUAUUAUACUUUAGUAACUAAAUCUCUUCUGCUUGCUAAGUGUAUUCUCCUUUGAAACUCUCUACACAAUGAGAGAUUAAAGUUGUCGAGGCAGUAUGAUACAAAAUCAAGGACCUGUGGUGUUCUUUUAGAGUCACUAAAAAUGUCUCUAGACAGAGCCUCAUGAGUGUUCUUCCUCAGCUGUCAUUCUGGAGACAGUUCCCCAUUAUUUUCUACAGUAGAUUGCUUCUGUGCUGAUUCUCUGCAAAGAGCUUUCAGAGAAUGCACAGAGAUCAUUCUUGGAAAAAGGAGGGCUGUGGGGAAAAUAUUUACCACUUGCAUAAUCCUUUACUUUGAUGAAAGUUCUUUGAGCUGGCAAGAAUAGAUUUUCUUCUUUAUGGGGUACUGACACAGAAACAGAAGAACUGCACCUACUACCACCAGAACAUUUUUUAGCCAGCUUUUGUGAGAAGAAAGUCCUUUCAGGGGACUCACAGGAGUCUGCUUGAAUUUUCACUUGAGAACAAGUUCUACAAAUACUACAGGUUAGAAAUUUCUUAAGUAUCUCUAGCUUCCAAGAACCUUGAAAAGACAAAGACAGGCUUUUGGUGUAAUUUAAUCUACCAUCUGUAGUCUUGGCAAGGAUUUGCUGCCCAAAAGCCUAAGUCUGCUUUCUUGGGUGCCAGACUCAAGAAGUAACCCACACAGCAGAUUUCCUCAGGUCACACAGCCUUGGACGUAAAGGAUCCCUACCUCCAGUCAGUCCACCUAGCAGAUGUACAUGAUGGGUGAAUAAAGCAGGCUCUUGAAAGCUUGCUACUUGGUUUAUCCAAAUUAAAUACACCCACAGAACAUUAAGGGUUGGAAGGCACUUUAAGGAUCAUCUGUGUAAAAAUAUUCCUUUGUGCUAAUCUGCUUAAGGCAUGCCAGUUCCUGUAGUCAGUGGCACACGAAGUUGUGUGUCUACUAUCACUUCAUUUCAACUUGCCAAAAGGAGCACUAGAUGCUCAUUUCUAGCUCAGUUGAUCUGGGGCAAGUGUUGAACUCUCACCCCAUGACCUGUGGCAAGAUAUGUAAAUGUUUUGCCACUCUUCAUCUGCAAAAGUCUUUGCUAAGGUUGACAGUGAAAGGUCUGCUGAUAAAUCAAUGAUGGUUGGGAAGAAGUGGGAUUUCUACUCCAUUCAUUCUUGCACUGGUCUUGAAACUCUGCGGUCAAAGACACUCUGCUGAUGACUUCAAGAGGUGUUGGAGAUAACCUUCAUUUUCCCAUUUGCACACAUCUGCCUAGGAAGAAACCCAAAAGAAUGAAAGAUGGGGGCUUUUUUGUAGACUUGAGAAAUUCAGACUGUGUUCUAGUAAAAUUCCAAAUACAGUAUUUGUCCGUGGGUAAAUUUCCUUACACUGAGCAAAUUCACAUGCCAAAACAGUGAGUUUUUCCUAAAUAUGAAAAUAAGUGUUCCUAAGAUUUGGAAAAUUGCUUGGUCAGAGUUAACAAUAAGGAGGAGUCUACUGCAGGAAUAUGUUUUUGCUGUGAAAGUUUGCUUUUGCUAGAGCCAGGUGCUCUGCUCAGCCAGUAUGAGUAAGAAUGACAGAAUUGGAUUUAGAGCAGCAAGUGUUCAUUGCAAACUUUAUGACAUUUACACAAACACAUUCCAUUUCUGUCAUAAAAAUUCAGCUGUUUGUAUUUGUGUUCUGCUCUGAUGGAGCAUAGCUGUGUUGGAAACAUCUCUUUCAGUGGGUAUGAGUUGAGGGCAAGGCUAGAUGUGGUUUCUCUAGAGAGUAAGGUGCUUAUGAGGCAUCAGUCAAACAUUAAGUCAAUUAUAUGUCUGGUUAGUAAGGACAUAAUUGUUGUAGUUGGUGUUAUUUUCUCAGUGGAUAAUAAAUUCACUAUAAAUACACCUUUUUUUUUUUUUUUUUUAACUCACAAGUGAAUCUGUCCCAAAAGGGAACUUCUGGGAGACUUUUAUCCCAAUUCAUGAAUCUUCUGGAGAAACUUACUGGUGUCUUUCUUUCAUUUAAUAUUUCAAGAGUGGUAAUACAAACUGCAGUAAAAAAGUCAUAUCUCCCCAUUCCAUGUAACCUCUGCAGAGGGUGUCAUAAAGCUUUUGUCUGCUUGAGGUAUGAGUUAUUUUGUAAAUUUCUCCAGUAUGCACUUAUGUAUAUUAAAGAAAAUCGGUUGUCUCUCAUUCUGCCUGCCAUUGGCUUGGCUAUGUAUUUAGCUUGAGACAGUUCUUGUCCACUUCAGAAAUGGGAUACCAGAAAGCACUGUGCUCCUGUAAACAGAAUUUCUCCAGGCCUAUUGGAUGGUCUUGGCUGGAUGUCUCGUGACACUCAUAGCUGAAGCUGCACCACUUCAUGUAACUGCUUUUUGAGUCUCAAAGUAGAUAAAAACAAUUUUCUAGCAUGGACACUUGCCCACUUGGAUUUAAUUAUUUAUAGAUGGUGAAACAAAAGUAGAGAUUUAAAUUUUUUCUACCAGAAGUCAGAUGUCUGUUGGGCAGUGAGUGGUGAGUUCAAAUGCAGUUAGGAAAAGUUGGAGUUAGACUCAAGUUUCCUAUUUUUUGAAUGGAUGUGCUUAAAUCCAAAGCUGCUCUUAUCUUUUUGUAUUAUUAAGGCUUUAAUUCACAUUACUUUAUUUAUACUGACUAAUAUUUGGUUUCAUUUUGGAAAAGUUCACAUUGGACUAAAUAUUUAGUAUGAAAAGGGAAUUUUCCAUUGCAGUGAGUAAAAAAAAAAAUUCUUAAAAUCUGUUUUAGUGCAGAAAGCUGUUUUCAGUACAGCUUCCAAACCUACAGAUAUCUUUUUCUACAGCUUGCCUUAUUAUGCUAAACUUGGAUUUCCAAAGACAUUUAAUGGAAUAAAAAAUGACACUGUAAUUUAAAAAAUGGCAUAGAGAAUUAUCAGGACACACAUUAGGUAAAUUAAAAGCUGGCUCAACUAGGAAUCAAAAAAUACAGUUUCUAAUGGGAAGAUGUAGAUGAAUGGGGCUCAUUAGGGUCUGAUAGGUUUGGAUAAUGGGUGGGAAGGACAAGUUGAAGUUAUUAAAUGAUAUGAAUCCCCUGGUAUAAUGGCCACAUUCCAGUAAAAUGCACUUUAUUAUAACCAGAUGAAGUAUAUUUGAAGCAAAUGAAAUAUAUCUGGCACCAGAGAAGCAUAUCUGUCUCUGCUGAAGAAUAAUGAGGCUUUGUCCUGGAAAUCAGUGACCUAAUGGAUUUAGGAUGGUCAUAGAAGAUCAUCUCAGUGUGAGCUCUCAGCAUAAGGCUGUCACAAAGAAGGGUGGACCAUUUCUUGAAUGCCUUAAGUAGCAAAGUAAUUAUUCCACAUCAUAUCAAUAAAAAAAAACCUGUGGGUUAGGUGUUUUGCCAUUAAAAUAGAUUGGGAUUACUUGAGGGAUUUCAGAGGAAGAUUAAAAAUGACCCAGGGUUUGGGAAUUCCUGUUAGGAAUUUACCUCACUCGCAUGAAGGGAUUCAACCAGGAACUUCAGAGAUAACCUGAUAUAUGUAGGUAGACGUUUAAGUAAAAAAGAUUUGGCUCAUCCAACUGGACAAGGGAAAUUAAAUGCUCUGUUCUAGCAACCAGGAGCUUCAAGUGUUAUAAGCAAAAAUUAUGGGAGGAAACUAACUCAAAGCCAUUAACAUGUGGUCAACUUCUUAACUUCUUCUUAACUUCUACAGUUAAGAAGACCAGUCCCUGUGUUUUCUGUGGGUAACAGUCAUGAGAGGAAUCUGCAAAUGAAACAGGUUUACUCAUACUUGCUCUUCUUUAUCCCACCGUAAGACAAGUUUGUUACUCAAAGAUCAAACUUCAAACUGUGACAGAGCUUGAGUAUCUGCUAAAUGGAGUACCUCCAAGGAAAGCAGUUGAACAUUAGGUAUAAAUAACAAAAAGCCCCCAACCAUAUAAAGGUAAUAAAGGAUAAGAGCUGUUGCUAAGGUUUCCUAGGCUUUAUGUCUUGUUUUUUGUUUGUUUGUUUGUUUUGUUGGUCGGUUGGUUUUUGUUGUUGUUGUUGCAGAGGUUUUCAUGGUAUGUACCUUGCUCUGUUGAUUAUCAAUACAGAAUCACAUAAAAAGUCCAGGCUUAUCACCUGACAAAGUGAAAUUUAUUCCUAUUGUAUUUAAUUAAUUAGCUGGAGAUAAUGGGGAGAGUUUAUUCCUACCAGGUUUCUUUAAUCUCCCAGAAAGGGCUUGCAUAUUUAUAUGUUCAAAAGGAGUGAAUAAAUGUGAAGCUGCUGUGCCUGAUUUCCUUCAGUGUUUAAAAAUGGCAAGGUGGAGGCUCCUCAGGUAACAUAGAGACCUUUAUGCAUUCACCUGUGCAAUUAAAUGUGGUUGUGGUGUUUAUUUCCAGCUUAUAACUUUGGUUCUCUAAAUGGAUCUGUGUGAUAGGUCCAGUUACAGAAUUACAUCUUAUACAAACACUGGAGGGUGCAGGUUGUGUUGCAGUCAGCAACAUUUGCAAAACAGUCCACUGCAAUAUGCAUAUGUAAAUAUUUGUAAAAGCUGGAUUUCCAUUUGCUUUGGGGAAAGUUUUCAGCCUGAACACAACCAGAAAUUAAAACAUUGCUAUCUCAGCUUAUCUGAUUCAUCACAGUUGCAUAUUAUGUUCAAUGUUUUUUGAAACACAGGCUAUUUUUUGCAAUCUAUUACCACUAUGGAAAAAGAAGCAGCAGAAAAAAACCACCAAAACACUGAAUAAUUGGAAAAAAUAGUGUAACUAAAGACACUGUUAUUUGCUUCUGAAUAUUUUAAAAUGAAAAAGAAUUGAGAUUCACCAACAUACUGAUCCAUGUUAUUUAACUGCGAAUUCAGCAUAAUUGAAAACUUACAAAAUGCAAACACGGUGAAGGAUUAAUUUUUCCUUUUCUCCUAUUUUUGAGUACAUUACAUUUUAGCCCUAAUUUCUGUGUUUUUCUGUUUGAUUUCACAGGUUUGUGAAAUCAGUGGGAUUAUUGAAGAACAAUUUAUUUUAAAAAUUAUGGUGAUCAAAGCUACACCUGAAAAUUUGCUUUAGUUUAUACAUAAAAAUUUUAAAUAAAGUUAUUUUUCUAGUAUCAGCAGCACCUGAGUGGAACUGCUCUGAUGUGUGGAUGUUGUAAUGCACUGAAUCAGAGUAUUUACUGUGGUACAGUGGCCUUAGGAAAGAAGGGUAACUGUCACCUUUUAGUAUAAAUUUACUAUAAUAUUUUGUUUAGUUUAUACCCCUGUUGUUUUGGAUUGACAUUUGAUAAACUAAAUUCUGGCUGACCAAAACAAACUUUGCCUAAAGACUAUAUGUAUUUUAACUUGUCUAAGGUUUUCUACUCCUUAUAUUUUUGUAAUCUUUGCCCUUUUUUAGAUUAAUAAACAUUGAAGUAUUUGCUGCAUCUGCCCAUGUGUAUGUCCCAUUCAGGUCUCACAGAGAGCUAGCUGUUCACUCAUAGUCACCUGCAGAGAGAGGUCAGACGGGGGAAUGAGGGAAAGAGUGUGUGUGGGUAGCAGAAACAGGUGCUGCUUGUGCUGCAUAGCUUUGUAUUGAAUUUAUCUUCUUUGAUCCUUAAAACAAAUAAAGACUCUGUUAAAAAGGGAAGCAUAAUAAAGAGUGGUGCAUGCAUGCAAAAAUAAAGCACCUAAAGGAAUUUCACAUAUUAUGAUAAAGUGUUAGUUACCUAUAUGGAUUACUGAAACAAACUUGCUGUUUAAAAUAUGCUAUCUGGUAUGUGCUGUGUGCUUGGAACUUUAGAAGAUGUUUUAGCACAGACAUCAAAUGAAGGGAUGUGGCAGUUGCAUUUACUGAUUUCAUUUACCUGUUAAUUCUGUCAAGUGUGUUCUCAGUUUCCUUUGUCCUCAAUUAUGUAUGCUCGGGUCCUGUAUCUUAGACAGAAUUAUAUCAUGAAAUUGCUUGCAACUGUUAGAAAAUACAGUAUUACAAAGCAUCUAUUUGUUUAAGAAAUAAAAACAAGUUGUCUGUCAUAA